AUGACCAGCCACCAGGAGUGCUUCAUCCGCCCCGGCUGGGAGGACAAGACGACGCGCAGCCCAGACGACUUUGACUGGGACUGGAAAGCAAGCCAGUACCGCGGGCACCUCCUGGACGUAGUCGAAGACUACCUCCAACGCCACCCCUUUGACGGCGAGCACCAUCAAAAGCUGUUCGCGUCCCGCCGAAUCGACCAGUUCAACCUCUCGAUGAUGCUGAAAAUGCCGAUGCUGUUCCAUCUCAUCAGCUCCGUCACAAAGUCGGCUGCCCAGGCCCUGGCGCCAGCGUCCAUGAUGCUGCUCUUCAUUGCGCUUUAG